CCAACUCACAAACACCAGUAAACAGACAGUGUCACUAUUUCUUCCAAAUCCAUCUUCAAAACCAGAUCCCAUUUUCUCACAAAAAACACACACAAAAUGCAAGAUCUUCAAUCACCACCACCACUACGUUCCCCUACAGAUAUAUUCGGUGACCCGACUGACCCGAAUCCACCACAAUGGCUAAACCCUAAUUUAUUCCAAUCCCCAAAUUUCGAUCCCGAAAACUACAUCUCCGAUUUACGCACCUUCGUCCCCUUAGAAACCCUCCGUACUGAACUCCAAUCGCACUUCACAUCUCUCCAACGCGAUCUAAUCGAUCUAAUUAAUCGCGAUUACGUCGAUUUCGUUAGCUUAAGUACCAAAUUAAUCGAUGUUGAUUCUUCAAUUGUGCGUAUGCGUGCUCCAUUGCUUGAAAUUAGAGAGAAAAUUGAAGAUCUUCGCAACGCUGUUGAAAAAUCGCUUUCUGAUUUGCAAAAUCGGCUUAAACAAAGAGCUAAUGCAGGUGAAGCUAGAGAGGUAUUAGAAUUAUUGCUUGAUACAUUUCAUGUUGUUUCUAAAGUUGAGAAAUUAAUUAAAGAAUUGCCACGUGGACAAUCUGAUUUGAAUAAUGAUGAUAAUGUGAGGGAAACACAAAGUAUGCUUUUGGAAAGAAUUGCUAGUGAAAUGAAUAGGUUGAAGUUUUAUAUUAGGAAUGCGAAAGAUAUGCCGUUUAUUGAGAAUAUGGAGAAGAGGGUAACGAAUGCGAGUUUGUUGUUGGAUACGAGUUUACGAUGUUGUCUUGUUGAUGGACUUGAGUAUAGGGAUGAGAAUGCGAUUUAUAACUGUUUACGUGCGUAUGCUGCGAUUGAUAAUACUAAGAAUGCUGAGGAGACUUUUGGAGAGACUGUUGUGGGUCCGUUGAUCGAAAAAGUUAUUCCGGAAAAGGGGUCUGGAGGAGGAGGAGUUGUUGGUGGUGAACUUGAGGAGGAUUAUGUUAAGAUCAAGAAAUAUAUUGAGGAUGAUUGUAAGUUUCUGUUGGAUAUAUCGUCUAUUGAGAAUUCGGGUCUACAUGUUUCGAGUUUCCUUGCGAAUUCUAUACUUAAGGAGGUUCACUCUGCUAUUCAGAAAGGAAAACCGGUUGUUUUCUCUCCUGGAAGGCCUACUGUUUUCCUGAAAAAUUACAAAGCGAGUUUGGAUUUCUUGGCACAUUUAGAAGGUUACUGUCCCUCGCGAUCAGAAGUGGUCAAAUUUCGGUCUGAAGCUGCGUAUAUUGAUUUCAUGAAGCAAUGGAAUGUGGGUGUUUAUUUCUCAUUGAGGUUCCAGGAGAUAGCUGGGGCUCUUGAUUCUGCACUUAGUGUUGCUGGUCUCGCCCCGGUGGGGUCCGAUCAGAGGAAGCCUCAAGAUUUGAUUUUGAAGCAGAGUACAUCUCUUUUAGAGUGCUUGAAAUCUUGCUGGAGGGAUGAUGUUCUUGUCCUCUCUUGCUCGGACAAGUUCUUGCGUUUGUCUUUGCAACUUGUGGCCAGAUUCUCUAACUGGUUAUCUGCCGGAUUGGCUGCUCGUAAAGCUGGUAAUGCGGGCUCAAACCCGGGAUUUGAAUGGGCUAUUUCUGCAAGCUCUGAUGAUUUAGUGUACGUAGUUCACGAUUUGAACCGUUUGGUGGAGGAAAUAUGUGGUGAUUACCUUGAACAGAUACUUGAGUUGCUCAAGUCGUGCCCAGUUGAAGUUUGUGAUUUUGUAAAACAGAGCAUUUUACAAGGUGGGAAGUCCUUGAAGGGCCUUUUGCCAAUUGUAAUGAGUGCAAUAAUUGAGACAAUAGUUGAGAAAUCUGUAGAGGACUUGAGGCAGUUGAAAGGAAUAACAGCUACCUACAGGAUGACUAAUAAGCCUCUCCCAGUCAGGCAUUCUCCGUAUGUUACCGGGGUAUUACGUCCGUUAAAGGAAUUUUUGGAUGGAGAAAGGGCUGCUACGUGUCUAACAAAUGAGAUAAGGAAUGAGCUCUUGCAAGGUGCUGCUUUGGAAAUAACUCGACGUUACAAUGAUUUAGCUUCGGAGCUGGUCAAUAUGAGUAGAAGAACAGAAUCUUCUCUUCAAAAGCUACGUUUGGGUGCUCAAAGACGAGCUGGAGCAAGCUCAGAUGUCUCAGAUCACAAUUUGUCUGAUACCGACAAGAUCUGCAUGCAAUUGUUUCUCGAUAUUCAGGAAUAUGCACGGAGCCUUUCGUUACUUGGAGUGGAUGCAGCUAGUAUUCCGCCUUAUCAAUCAUUAUGGCAAUGUGUUGCCCCUGCUGAGCGACAAAACACAAUAAGCUUCUAGUUUCUACGUCGAUUUUGUAUCAAUAUCUCAUUCUUUUCUUAUCGUUUUCCCCUACUGUUAUAUUAUCACUUUGAUUAAACAAGUCUGCAAUUGAUUUCUGAGA